UUUACAUUUUUACCCCCGAUGUAGCUUAAAACACACAUUUUGUUUUUUAUCCCUAGCUUAGCUUUUCAUUUCAUCUGAGCUCGGAUAUUAACCGCUUUCCCCCCCGCUCCUUCAUGCCGCUUCCCCCGCUGUCUUUUACUGCAUUUUAGAUGUAUUUUGUGUCCCUUGUUUCCUCCAGUAACCCAUGUCUGUGUGCAUCCCGCCUCCCUGCGCUCUCAAUAGAUGGUGCAAGUCAAAAUGUCCAAAUCGCCCGUAGACCCUCUGUCUGCUGUGGAAACAGGCUCCCAGUCGCACUAUUUCCAGCUGCCCAGGAAGUUGCCUAAACGCAAGAGCCGCUUCAAACGCUCAGAUGGCAGCACGUCUUCUGACACAACAUCCAGCUUCAUCAAACGGCAGGGGUCGGCUGAUUCGUACACCAGUAGACCGUCGGAUUCAGACCUGUCAGCAGAGGAGGACCGCGAGGCGUAUCGGCGUGAAGCCGAGCGCCAGGCACAACUGCAGCUCGACAGAGCUAAGUCCAAACCUGUAGCGUUUGCAGUAAAGACGAAUGUGAGUUACUGCGGAGCUCUGGAUGAGGACUGUCCUGUCCAAGGAGCUGCAGUUAAUUUCGAUGCCAAAGACUUCCUGCACAUCAAAGAAAAGUAUAAUAAUGACUGGUGGAUCGGCCGGCUAGUAAAAGAGGGUGCAGACAUCACCUUCAUCCCCAGCCCUCUGCGACUCGAGGCCAUGAGGCUCAAACAGGAGCAGAAACAAAGGAAAACAGGAGGUAACUCCUCCAGUUUAGGGGACAUGGUGACUGGGAGCUGGAGGACCACACCGCCAUCUGCAGGUGAAUCCAAACAGAAGCAAAAACAGGAACACGUCCCUCCCUACGACGUGGUGCCCUCUAUGAGGCCGGUGGUCCUCGUGGGACCAUCGCUGAAGGGCUAUGAGGUGACGGAUAUGAUGCAGAAAGCUCUUUUUGACUUCCUGAAACACAGAUUUGAGGGAAGAAUCUCAAUCACCCGUGUAACUGCCGACCUGUCUUUAGCCAAGAGAUCUGUCCUCAACAAAAGACCCAUCAUGGAGAGAUCCAACACGCGCUCCAGCCUAGCGGAGGUUCAGAGUGAGAUUGAGAGGAUAUUCGAACUCGCCAAAACGCUGCAGCUGGUGGUUCUGGACGCGGACACCAUCAACCAUCCCGCACAGCUAGCCAAAACCUCCCUCGCACCCAUCAUUGUCUACGUGAAAGUUUCCUCACCAAAGGUGCUCCAGAGGCUGGUCAAAUCCAGGGGGAAGUCUCAGAGCAAGCACCUGAAUGUGCAGAUGAUGGCUGCAGACAAACUCUCUCAGUGCCCCCCUGAUAUGUUUGAUGUCAUUUUGGAUGAGAACCAGCUUGAAGAUGCAUGUGAGCAUUUGGCUGAAUACCUGGAGGUCUACUGGCGUGCCACUCACCUCCCAGGAAACACCCCUCUCAACCCCUUAUUGGAGCAGAGUCUGAUGACCCCGCCUUCUGCCAUCUCCAGCCUCCAGAACCAGAACAAGAACCAGCCGCAGCCUCAUGAGGCGGUGGGCCUGGAGGGUGAGGAGGAGGAGGAGGCAGGUGAGGAGGCCCACUCCCCCCUGGAGCAGGACAGUCUUAUGCCGUCUGACGAGGCCAGCGACUCCCUGUCUCGCGGCCGGAGGGGGAGCCCGUGCCACAGGGGGGGCGAGGAGGAAGAAGAGGAGGAAGAAGAGGAAGAGGAGGAGGAAGAGGAGGAGGAGGAUGAGUAUGCCUCCCCCUGCCAUGCUCGCACAUACAGGGACAUGUACCCCCCUCACCGUGGGCACACUGGCAGUGCCCACAGUGCCAACGGGCACGAGUCACAGGACAGGCUGCUCCAACGCGAAGCUCAGCAAGGCCACAACCAGAGGAACAACCGCCAGCGCAGCCGCCCCUGGCCCCGAGACACCUACUGAGGAACAAGCCCCCCCUCCCACCCACACGGCCUCCAGAUCAGCAUCGAGCCCUACGACUGUCGUACGUUCCCAAACAAACGAUUUACAGAUGAAACACUUGCCCCAAAAUCAGAUGCCCAGUUUAUAAAGUAGACAUCUUUAGGUCUAUUUUUAAAGUAUUAACAGUCGCUCUCUUCCAGACUCCCAGUUUUAAUUUAUCUUUCGGGGAUGCACUGACCUCUCCAGGGUCACGUCAUUCAGAUUAAAGUCAACAGGGCUACUCAACUCUGCAAUGGAAAGGUUUCAGGCUACCAGCUGUACGCAAACUCAAACUUUAGCUGCUUUGCCUAAGGUUUCUCUAUUGUAGGAUGUCUCAUAUACUGGCCUUAAAAUUCCUAAGACUUUUAACUAUCUUUACUAUUGCAUGUAUGAGUAUAAUUAUUUUAAGACUAUUUGCACAUUGACGUCAGAACAGGAACUGAAUGAACCUUACGGAUAAACUAAUGUAGGAAUGUCUACUGUUGAAUCCACUUAUGGGGAAUAGUAAUGCAUUUGAUUACAAUGUAUAUACUGAAUGGGCACCUGGUUUUGUUUCAUUGCUACUAUAUUUGUUUGGUUAUGUUAAAUAUGGACUUGUUCGUUGUUUCAGAGAAAUGUUGCCACCCAUGUGUUCAGUCAGUUUUUACUCUGAAGACGGUGAAUGGAGACACACACACCUACACACACACUUAAUAGUCUCUUAACGGUCACAAUGUACACUGAACGAAAAUUUAAACGCAACACUUUUGCCUUUAUUCCCAUUUUUCACAAGUUUAAGUAAAGAUCUAAGACUUUUUUUAUGCGCUCAGAAGAUAUAAUUCUCUCAAAUUUUGGUCGCAAGUUUGUUAAAAUCCAUGUUAGCGAGGACUACUUCUUCUCCAUGACAAAUCAUCCGCCUAACAGGUGUGGCAUGUCAAGAUGCUGAUCAAACAGCAUCAUUACUACACAAGUGUGUCAUGGUAGGGUCACACCUACACGCCAAUGGCAUGCUGACUGCGGGAAUGUCCACCAGAGCUGUUGCUGGUAAAUUAAAUCUUCGUUUCACUACCAUAAGCCGUCUCCAAGGCUGUAAAUUUGGCAGUACAUCCAACCAGCCAACUGCAGAGCAUGUGUAACCACACCAGCUCAGGACCUACACACCAGUGUCUUCAUUUUACGAGAUAGUCUGAGACCAACCACCAACAGCUGAUGCAACAAUGGGUUUGCACAACUGAAGAAUUUCUGCACAAACCGUCAGAAACCGUCUCAGGGACGCUCAUCUGCGUGCUCGUCGUCCUCAUCAGGGUCUUGACUUGGCAGCACUUAGUCAUCGUAACCGACUUGAGUGGGCAACUGCUCACCUUUGAUGGCGUCUGGCACUGUGGAGAAGGGUUCUCUUCACAGAUGAAUCCCAGUUUAUACUAUAUCGGGCAAAUGUUAGACGCUGCGUCUAAAGCUGUGUGGUCAAGCGGUUUGCUAAUGUCAAUUGUGUGAUCAGAGUACCCCAUGGUGGUGGUGGGGUUAUGGUACGAGGAGUGUGAAUGCAUGGAGAUACAUUGACGAGAUUCUGAGACCCAUCAUCAUGCCAUUCAUUUACCGCCAUGACCUCAUGUUGCAACAUGAUCAUUCAUGGCAACAUGUUGCAAAGGUCUAUACAGAUUUCUUGGAAGCUAAAAAGAUCCCAGUUCUUGCAUGGCCUGCAUCCUCACCAGACCUGUCGCCCACUGAGCAUGUUUGGGAUGCUCUGGACUGGCGUGUACAACAGUGUUUUCCAAUUCCUGCCAAUAUACAGCCACUUCGCACAGCCAUUGAAGAGGUGUGGGCCAACAUUCCACAAACCACAAUCAACAACCUGAUCAGCUCAAUGUAAAGGAGAUGUGCCAUGCUGCAUGUGGCAAAUGAUGGUGUCAUGGCAAUUGGCAACCCUCCUGCAGCUUCAAACGUGCCACCGAGACAACUGCCUUAGCCAUGUUCACCACCACAUGAACAACCCCUCGGAUGAAUUCCAAAGGAAGCCCGCUCUAGUUGCAUAGCCAGGGUAUAAGCUCCAAAACACAAUAUUAAAUGUGCUAUGGACAGCAUGUCCUUGCCACAAAAAAAAAUCACCAGAACACCUCCGAUCUGGUGGAAAAACAGAAGUUCAUAUAUCCAAAACCCACAGAAACCUCCAGUGUCAGAACCAGAACAUCGACAAUACUUACUGAAAGCAGCUUAUAUCCGUCCAAAAGUGUCUCCCUGUCGCGCUUUUUGCAACUUGCAAGGUUUACUACAAACUCUGGACAUGUGGUACUGAUGCACCAGAGUCAGUAGUGUAGGGGGUGGAUGACACUCCCUGAAAAACACACUAAACAAAGAGGCAUGUUCAGGAGGUCUGAUGACACCUGGUCCGACCACUGUUCUGUCUUUUACGUGCAUGGAGUACACCAGGCGCAGGUGUGUCCCAUGCUGCUGAUAGCACUCAUCAAGGUUGUGAGGAUGGUUGGAUGUACUGCCAAAGUCACAGAAAAGAAACUGGAGAUUGUGUCGCUGGACUGUGUUGUGUGAUCAAACUACACACUUUAGAGUGGCCUUUUAUUGUGACCAGCCCGAGGCACGCCUGCAUAGUAAUGAUGCUGUUUAAUCAGCAUCUCGAUAUGCCACACCUGUUAGGUGGAUAGAGUUUCUUGGGAAAAGAGAGGUCCUCACUAACACUGAUUUUAACAAAUUUGCAACCAGAAUUUGAGAUAAAUUAGUCUGUUGUGUGCAUAAAAAAGUCUUAGAUCUUUAACUUAAAGUUCCAGUGUGCAGGAUUGAGAGGGGUGUAUUGGCAGAAAUGGAAUGUACGGUGUAUAAUCACCUGAAAAUAAGAAUAGUUGAGUUUUCGUUACCUUAGAAUGAACCGUUAGUAUCUACAUAUGGAGAGGGUCCUCAUCCACAAAGUCCACCAUGCUACUACAGAGGCCCAGAACAGACAAACUAAACACUGGCUCUAAAAUAAGGCCAUUUGUGUUUUCGCGUCAGCCACUGUAGUUAACAACCCCUGCACGAAGAGCGUGUCGGGAACACACAGAUUUUUUCAAUGUAAAAUUCCUUUAUUUAGUGUAUUAUCAGUUUAAAACACCAAGUCUGUUUGUUUUGGAGAGACCUUUGUCGACAAUUUGGCCUCUGAAAGUCUGGAUCUUAAGUUAUUAGAGAAAACAGGUGAGCACUCAUUAGCAGGUGCUGGGCUAGUGGCCUGUCUGCGACAUGCCAAAAACACGACUCUAACAUGAAGCUGCUUUGAGAGGAAUUAAGUUUUUUUCACUCACAUACAUCCAGGCCUGAAAUACACACACACAAAUACACGCACAAACAGGACCUAUACAUGUAUUAAAUGUCGAGAUGUCAGAGCAAGGGGGCUGCCUAUGGACAGGCGUCUUGAGCAGUUGGGGGUUUGGUGCUUUGUUCAAGGGCAAAGACCUUCUGGUUCCCAACCCAGGUCCCUAUGGACUGAGCUGCUGCCGCCCCAAGAUUGGGUUAUUUAGUCGUUUUACCAGUUUUAAUCACCUGGUCUGUUUGUUUCUGAGAGGAAGAGACCUCUGCUGAUAAUUCAGCUCCUGGUGAAAACCUCCUGCACAAAGAACACUGAAGGAAUCCAAACCAGGAGAUGUUUCAGCCACAGCGAAAUGCCACUAAAUCCCCUUAAAUCUUACACACUGCACUUUUAAAUCUGUGAAAAAUGGGAGUCAAAACAAGUGUUGCGUUUAAGUUUUUGUUCAGUUUCAGUUAAGAAGCUGCAGUACAGCGUCAGUGUCACCUACAGUACAGUGCAUUAUGGGCUUCACCCGUCUUUGCUGUUGCACAAUCACUCUUAACACCUCUACGGUUUAAAAAAAAAAUCUAAAAAACGCGCACAGAGAAUGUAAACACAACUAAGAAAAGGGAAUGUUAUCUUUCAAAGGGUGAAUUAUUUGCCAAACUUGCUUGUUUACAUUGAAUCAUUCACAUAUUAUCAAGCACACGCUGCGACACGCUGCAGCUCCUCUUCAGAUCUUCAGAGAAUGUAAAGCUUGCAUGCCUUUUUGCACCUCCAGCACCACCCGGUGUCUCCAAAAAACCCAACCGAUCGCCCUGUAAUUCGAUUGUAGCACGUUAUUGAUUGUAGCAUCCACAGUUUCUACACUUAUCUCACUCCUCCUACCCCCUCCCUGUGUGUCUUUGCCACAUAACGUUGCGUUACGUACUGCAGUUUGAUUAUCAAAGCAGAUCCUCAGGUGUAAGUCCUACACACUCAUCGUCGCGCUCAGCUCCCACGAAUGUGUCGUGCUCCUGAAGGACUCGUAGCACCCGUGACACGAUGUCAUUCUGUUCCUGCACCAUUAUUAGUCCAUGAGCCGAUGAUGAAGUUGGACGUGAUGCUGACGAGCAGUGACCCGCUUCACGAGCAGA